CUAAUCAAAAACACGCCGUCGCCAUACUGGAUUAUUUCAUCGGUAGUCGGCGUCCUUUGAGUAUUGAGUCGUAGCCAGUUUUCUUGAAAAUAACUUGUGAAUUAAGUGAAUUUUACCUAUUGUUUUAAGUCUUUGUGUGAAAAUGGCCCAACAGUACGAUAACGGCUACAAUAGCAGUGAUUUCAAGCGUAAUUCUAAUUCCGAAUCCCAAGAUCAGGAGCAAGAUGGCGAGGAAGGAGCAAAAAUUAAUGAAAAAGCCGGUGAAUAUAUGCGAGAACUCCUCGGUGAAAAGAUGAAACUAAAUACCCAAAAGUUUCCAUUAUCAACUAAAUUAAUAGACGGAGAGGUAACAAAAGUGCAACAAACAGGAAGGAUUCCACAAAGGGAUGCCAAAUAUUUAGAUGUUUAUCGUGAGAAACCAGUUAAAGUAACAGUCAAGGUCUUGGUUCCCAUCAAGGAACAUCCAAAGUUCAACUUUGUGGGCAAGCUUCUCGGACCUAAAGGCAACACGAUGAAGCAGAUGCAAGAGGAGACCAUGUGCAAGAUGGCUGUUCUCGGACGUGGCUCUAUGAAAGACAGGCAAAAAGAGGAGGAACUACGCAAAUCCUUGGAUCCUAAAUACGCUCACUUGCAAGACGAACUACAUGUUGAGAUAUCAGCGUUGGCCCCACCUGCAGAAGCCCACGCGAGAAUAGCGUAUGCUCUGGCUGAGGUGAAGAAAUACCUCAUACCGGACACAAAUGAUAUGAUCAGGCAAAAUCAGAUGAGGGAAAUCAUGGAUAGAGAUACACGUCCGGGGCCCAAGAGCGUCUCGUACAACACGUGUACGGUCACCAAGCGAUCAUUCUCCUACCAAGAGCCGGUGCUUGCAGGUCCGCCGCGAGCCGGGCCCGCGCCCAGGGCUCCCCGCAUGGCGCCCCCGCCACCGAUGCCGCGCCCCAUGCCCGGCAAAACCAAGGUCAUCAGCAUCUUGGACAGAGCCCGCAACGCUAUGGAGUCUAGCUACUCGUACGAUGAUCCCUACAGCAUGCCUCCUGAGCCGGUCCGCGGACCCCCACGCGGCGCUCCCGAGCAAGAUUUCUACUACGACCGCCACGACCGCUACUACGAGGACGAUCCGUACUACAAGGAGGAGAGCCGGGAGUUCAAGACCUCCGCCCGGGACGUGGGCACGCGCCGGCCCCAAGCCCCGGGCCCGCAGCACGCGCCCCGGCACAUGACACGCGCCGCGCCAUACGGACGGCCCAAGUAACAUUACGGACCAUGGUGAAGAAACGUACGCAAUAAUGAGGUGAGUGUUUUGAAACUGGAAUAAAACGCAAUCAAAUACAAACGAGACAAAAGAAAAAAAAUCAUCAUCAAAAAUAUUCCAGCCGCAGCACCACCUUCAAAAUGUACGCAAAUAAGUACACAAAAUAGAUAUAAAAAAGAAACAAAAAUAACAUUAUAAUUUUUCUUAUUUUAAUGGACCAAAACUCUUAAUAUUGAGUUUGUGAGUGGUAUUAACUACCCAAAUUUACAAAAAAAAAACCCUUUUUUUAUUAUAAAUUGAGUUUUCUCAAGUUUAGAUUUAGGCCAAGUCGCACUUAGUCAUGCAUGCGGUGAAACGCACUCGCCUAUUACAAAAUGCAUAUUUAUGAAUCAUGUUAAAAAAAAUGCAAUUUGUAAAAUGAAUUUGGAUGAAAAAAGAAAACAUGAUUUUAGUUUGUCAAUUCAAAAAUAAUCUUUUCUGUUAAGUGUAGCCUCAUUAAAAUAAUAAUUUUAGAAUUUAACGUUAAAUAUUUCAACAUGUUUUAAUAAUUAUCUUAAAAUUUAAAUGCACUUAGUUUUAGAAUAAAACAAGAUGUUUAAGGCCCAAAUAUAAAAUUUGAUAAAUACAAUCAAAAAUGUAUUGAUGGCUUUGACAUCUCUCAUAAAAACACGUUAGAACAUGUUGAAUUAACUAUAAAUAAUUGUAACUCUUUGUGUGACUAUGAAUAAAAUAUAUUAAAAAUAAAUAAAACGAUUUUGAUUUUGACAAUUGGUUGGAUAAAAUCCUAUAUUUUUAUAAAUAUGAAAUUUACUUCUUAAUGAGAUAUUAUUUUUAAGAACAUCGUGAAUGUUUAAAAAUAAAUGACAGCUACGCAUUCAAUAAAAAAAUCAAACUUUUUACAUAAUUUCAUUCUAAAUAACUUUUGAAAUAGAUUGAUCCGCAGAAAUGAACUAAAGAAUGCCGUUCACAUUUAUUGGUUUUGGAAUAAAGUUAAAAAAAUAUCACUUUAAUUUUCUCGAUGUACCAAGUAAUAUACUUGGUUUAUCAAUUCUUUAAAUGUCCGAGUUUAUCAUAAGCCUUAUGUAAUACCUAUUUACUACUAACAUUAACUGUGCUGAAGUCAAAAAUCUACAGACAAACUUUAACUGGAAUGGUAAAUAUGAAUGUAAGUAUAAACAUUAUUAAUAAUAAUAAACAUUUGUAGAAAUGGAUAAUAUUUGAAAAUUAUUAUUGAAAAAUACAAAUAUUUUUCUCUGGUGUGGUGCAGACAGCUAAAAUUAAUUCACAAAGGAAAACAUUUAAGUCAUCAAAAUCCUAAUAAAAAGACCUCAAACUAUUGAAUAAACCCUUGAAGCUGGUGAAAUAAAAAAUUUAAAACGCUCCAAAUACAAUUUAUAAGCAUAUGUUUAACAAUACAGUGAGCUAUAUAACAUUUGCACUAAUGCUGGCCAAAAAAACGGACUUUUGAAAAAGAUAAUAAACUUAAAGCAAAAGGCUGAAUGAAGCGAAAUAUUAAAAAAUAAACUUUCAAAUUUUGAGAGUACUUUGGUCCACCAAAAAAAUAUGAGACUGGUAUGAAUUAAAUGUAAAUAUAUGAAUAUAACUAAGCUAGCAGGUGGUGAGGCUAAAAAAAAUCGAUAAAAAGCUACUGAUGAAUCGAGAAUGAAACUAUCUACUUAUGUGAGUAUCUACUAAUAAGUUUAGUUUUCAGCAAUUUAUGGUAUCUAAGUGAUGUCAUCGGAAAUACAAAAUGGUGGACCAAUAUGGCCAACAAGAUAGACUUAUUGUUUUAUACACUAUUUCUAUAUAAGAAUAAAGAGAAAGGGUUUUAUUUGUCGAUAAAUUUAUGACAUGACGUCACUUUGAGUCCAAGAUGGCGCAGAAGUUUUGGUUUAGGUACUGCUUUCCUGGAACCUCCAAGCAUAUGGUAAGUUUUGUGAUGUUGUAAUAAAUUUUAUGCAAUAAACACGAAACUUCUACUUCA